AUGACUCAGCUCGUCCCUUUAGCUGAACUUCCCAGCGGGAAAAAAAUAUAUAGUGUCCGGGGGCAGCGGUUCGAAGUGGACAGGCAAUAUGAUCUGGUCAAGGUUGUUGGAUUUGGUGCGUGUGGCACUGUUUGUUCAGCGGUCGUGAACGGGUCAGGUGAGCGAGUGGCUAUCAAGCGAUUGUCGCGUGUCUUUGGUGAUCUUCGUGAAGGGAAACGAAUUUUGCGGGAGAUGGAGAUAAUGACGUCGCUGAAGCACAAUAAUCUGAUUCGCCUCCACCACUUCAUGCGGCCGCAGUCAAAGGAGACGUUUGAGGACAUUUACUUGGUGAUGGAUCUUUAUGACACAGAUUUAAAUCGUAUUAUACGAAGUCGGCAGAAACUCACUGAUGAACAUCUGCAGUAUUUUAUGAUUCAAGCAUUCCGCGGAUUGCAUUACCUUCACUCUGCCAAGGUGAUGCAUCGAGACCUGAAGCCGAGCAACUUGCUUGUAAAUGCGGACUGCGCGCUAGCAAUCUGCGAUUUUGGGCUGGCUCGUGAUGAUCAAGUGAUGAGCUCGUCAGAUCUCACACAGUACGUCGUAACACGGUGGUACAGACCCCCUGAGGUACUCGGGAUGGGAUCCAAUCAGUACACGAGCGCGGUAGAUGUCUGGAGCCUUGGUCUAAUCUUUGCGGAGCUGAUGGUAGGGCGCGCUCUGCUUCCAGGAACAGAUUAUAUUGGACAGCUGGUAAUGAUUGUCAAUCUAUUAGGAUCCCCGUCCAUAGAUGACAUGGAGUUUCUGAGCUCAGAAGCAAAGGCAUUUAUUCUCUCUCAGCCGCAUCGGCCGGCUCUCUCCUUCAGAGAUCUUUUUCCAAUGGCUACAGAAGAGGCAACUGACCUUCUGUCGAAGCUGCUCGUUUUCCAUCCUGCAAGACGAUUAACUGCGAAGCAAGUGAUGGAGCAUCCAUAUUUUUCAAAGUACAGGGAUGCCGCAGAAGAAGCUGACGCUCCUGAUCCGUUUGUGUGGAAUCACAGCCAUAUAGAAACCAAAGAGCAACUCCGUGAGGAUUUGUGGCGCGUUGUCGAAGCCCAUUCACAAUUGAACGAAUAG